AUGACGUCCACACACAAUCCCCUCGAGAACCUGAUUCUCACUCCACACCAGCAGCAACUGCUGUUCGCCGCCCUCAAUUCCAAUCGGCCAACUUCUAGACCGAACAGUGCCAUGUUCCAGACCCCUCUGAACUCAAUGUCAAUGCCUGGGGUCGAUGGCCUGGGCACUUUCCAGACCACUCCUGGCUUCGGCUUUGACUACGACUUCUCUGCCCAUGACACUAGCUUUGACUUUUCCUUUGAUGAUGGCACCCAACAUACAGCACCAACCACAGCUCCUGCGCCUCCAGCGAACAAGGCUCCCUCCAAGCCCGAGUCUACCGAGAAUGACUCACCUGAAAAGAGGAGCCGGCCAGACGAUGGCGAGGGUGAUAACGCAGCUAAGAGAAGGGAAAGCCAGGAGAAAGUGCACAAGAAGCCAGGAAGGAAGCCCCUUACUGACGAGCCCAGUUCUAAGCGCAAGGCUCAAAACCGCGCCGCGCAGCGGGCAUUUCGAGAGAGAAAGGAGAGGCACUUGCGGGAACUGGAAAAUAAGGUUCAGGAACUCACCAAACUGUCCGAAGCAGCCAACAACGAGAACCAAGCACUCCGCGCGCAGGUCGAGCGCCUCACUGUGGAACUAAACGAGUAUAAGAAGCGUCUUUCCCUAUUGUCGAGUGGUCGUCCAGCUCAUCAGGGCCCAGCUACCCCCUUCGGUCAUAUGUUUGUCAACAACCUGAACGAUAUCAACUUCCAGUUUGAAUUCCCCAAGUUUGGUUCCUUGCCCGGCCCACCCGUUAUCAAUACUACCAAGAAGCCGACGCCAGUAACGACACAAGAUGCCAAUGGCUACCAGGCAGACAAGGCUCAGGACGGCAUCAGCCCAACCACACAAUCAAGCAGCGGGCAGAUCAGACAAGAUCCCCAACUCAGUGGCCAGCUCACUUCUUUGAACACGCAGCACGGUCAACAAUUGAGCAAUGGCAAUGCCGCCCGCGGUUCAGUCAACAGUCUAGAUUCCCCGUCAAACCAGAAUGGUACCUCAACGAGCUCACCCUCUGCUUCAUCCAGCUCUCAAGCAGGCGGUGCCAAUUCGUCGUGUGGCACAUCACCCGAGCCUCUCACGCACUCCCCAAUGUCGUCUAGGCCGGGCGAUGCUCUCCCAGCCAUCGGCGAAGAACAACCAAGCCUUGGUACCUCAUUGACAGGCUUUGGCCAUUUUGACGCUUCAGGAGAUGACUUCAGCAAAUGGCUUCCCCAGCCCGACUUCCAGUUCGACCCUCAUUUGUUUGGUGACUACCGCGAGUCACAAGAAGGGCUGUUUUCGUCUACCUUUGACGACAGCUUUUUCAACGAUGCACUCGACGUCGACUUCAUCACCCCUUAUAACCUGCCGCUCAGUGGCAUGGGUCAGCAGCAACCAACAGCGCCAAAGAAGGACCUUAUUGCCGAGAUCGAUGCUGCCAAGGAUGCAGAUGAACUCCCUACAACCACGGGUGGUCCAGAAUUGAACUGCAGCAAGAUUUGGGAGCGUCUUCAAAACUGCCCGAAGGUACAGAGCGGCGACUUCGACCUCGAUGGUCUUUGUGCCGACCUGCAAAAGAAAGCGAGGUGCAAUGGGCACGGCGCUGUCGUUGCCGAGAAAGACUUUGACCAGGUCAUCCAGAAGUGGCUGUGCAAGGACAAGGAUGGAAAGAAGGACAGCAGUGGUUCCAGCAACAGCCAACAAAAUGGGGACAAGGAAAUGGGCUCCAGGUGUGCCGAGAUGGUCACAGCUGCUGUAAAGGAGGCUGUCAACGAGGCAAGGGAGCAGUGUAAGCAGGCGAAUGCUGCACAGAACCAGCAAGCGUCGGCGUAG